AUGCCAACUGAAUUCGAGCUCCGCAAGCGCAACGAAAAGUUCGCCAAGGACGUGCGCGAGGGGAAGAAAGCACUUCACGCCUCUCGAGCUGAGAAGCUCGCCGCGAGGAGCCCUGUCAGUGCUUGGGCAUUGGGAAUCAUCAUGUUUGUUGUCUUUGGUGGAGUGGUCUUCGAACUCCUACGACUGAUAUUCCUGUAA